AUGACCAUUGGACACGGUGUAAGUAACCGAAUGCUUCAAGAACGUUUUCAGCAUUCCCGUGAAACUGAUUGUAUCGGAGCAAUUGAUGGGACACAUAUUGCAGCUGUUAUCCCUGAAAAUAAGAAAGUUCCAUAUAUAAGAAGGAAAGGGUAUUGUACUCAGAAUGUAAUGGAUGUGUGUGACUUUAAUAUGCUAUUUACAUUUGCUUGGGCCAGUUGGGAGGGAACAGCUUACGACACUCGCAUUCUUUUGGAGGCAAUUGAGAGAAUAAACUUGAAUUUUUCAAAACCCCCGGAAGGUAAAUAUUAUCUAGUUGAUGGUGGAUAUUCUAAUAUGAAAGGAUAUUUAGCUCCUUACAAGAGAGAACGAUACCAUCUUCCAGAAUUUCGUCGUGGAAGUCAGCCAAGGGGCCCUCAUGAGUUCUUCAAUCAUGCUCACUCAUCUUUGAGAACGAUUAUUGAAAGAACCUUUGGUGUUUGGAAAGCAAAAUGGCGAAUUAUAUCACGAAUGCCUAGUUUUAGUUUUUCAAAACAAGUUGCAAUUGUUAUUGCAUCCAUAACGAUUCAUAAUUUUAUACGGCGAACAGCUAUUAUUGAUGAGGAAUUUCAACGAUAUGAUGAAAAUUUGGAUUUAGUGCCUGAUGAAGAAGGGAAUGACAAUGAUUAA